CAUUUAUAUUUUUAUUCACUUUCAAAUUUCUAAGUUGGAAUGCUUAUUCAUUCGCAAAAUGUUAGGAUGUCAGUGAUUAGAACAACAAAUUGUGGCUUGAAGAGGCUUAUUUUAGUAUGACGAACAGUUGACUGAUUUCAAAUGGAUUGGUUAUAUCUACUUACAAUCCUAUACUCCAUUCCAGUCUAUUCAGAUGAUAUGCCUAGGCAGGGUGAGCAUAAAUGUGCCACAUAUAAUGGAAAAGCUUGUAAGAAUUACUUGGACACAAGUAGUUCUGUCUGGUUCAAUAUCUCAGCAGAAAGCUUACAUGGAGGAUUAAAUGAACAAAUUGUAAAAGAUCUAUGGGAAGAAGUUAUUAAAGAUUUGAAAGAGCCAUGCAGAAGUGCCGCCGAACGCUUACUAUGCACCUAUGCAUUCCCGUUGUGUGUGAUACAUAACAAUGAUGCGAUCGGUCUACCUCUAUGCUAUGAUGACUGUGCAGCAGUUCGUGAUUCCAUUUGCUACAAUGACUGGGCCCGAAUUGAAAGCAAUAAAGAGCAGGGCAUAUUUAUCAGGUCUAGGGGGCAUUUCACCUUACCCAACUGUUCUGCUCUACCGCGAUUGUCUCCAGACAAGAAAGUCUGUUCCCAUGCUCGGAUUACGGAGACUAAAAAGAAUGAAGUUACUUACGAUUGUAUUAAAGGAAGAGGCCGAUUUUAUCUGGGAACAAUGAAUAUUACAAAAUCCGGUCUGCCAUGUCAAAGAUGGGACUCCAAUAAGCCUCAUUCUCAUGACAACCGUCCUCCGAAUGUCUUUCCUGAGAUUCAAAAUGCCGAAAAUUAUUGUCGCAAUGCAGGGGGUGAGGAACCAGUGCCUUGGUGUUAUACUAUGGAUCCAGAUGUUCGUUGGCAGCAUUGCAACAUACCUCUUUGUGAAAAUGAUAUAAAGACUGGAGGAUUUCUUUUAAGUAAACUAAUGUCCCCACAAGUCAUGGUGAUCCUAGCAUUCAUUAGUAUAACGAGUAUUGUUAUUGGUCUGCUGAUUGUAUUGAUAUGUAAUAUAAUUCUCAAAAACCGACUAGUCUACAGGCCUACUGCCACCCAGGAGAUCAACAUUGAUUUGGAGAAGUUACCUAAUAAUUCAGCAUACCAUAAAUCUGGAGCAAGCCUGAAUCCGAAGCUGGAAAAACUAGAAUUUCCACGAAAUGAUAUAAUUUAUAUAAAGGAUCUUGGACAAGGGGCUUUUGGAAGAGUUUUUCAGGCAAAAGCACCGGGUCUGUUGAAAGGCGAAGAAUUCACUCUUGUAGCAGUGAAAAUGCUGAAGGACGAAGCGUCGGAGGACUUGCAGGAGGAUUUUGAAAGGGAGGCGUGCCUGCUAGCAGAGUUCGACCAUCCGAAUAUAGUGAAGCUACUGGGAGUGUGCGCGGUGGGCAAACCGAUGUGCUUGUUGUUCGAGUACAUGGGGCGUGGUGAUCUCAACGAGUUUCUGCGCUCCUGUUCGCCGAGUAAUUACAUAGUGCGCAGUGCUGAGGGUGGCGGAGACUUGUUCAGGGAUAUCCAACUCGGCACUGAGGACUUACUGAAAAUUGCUCAGCAAGUGGCAGGGGGUAUGGUGUACCUUUCAGAUCGCAAAUUUGUACAUAGAGAUCUUGCUACUAGAAACUGUCUCAUCGAUGACACUAUGGUGGUGAAAAUCGCCGAUUUUGGCCUAUCGCAAAAAAUGUACCUUCAAGACUACUACAAAGGCGACGAACAUGACGCCAUACCUGUACGCUGGAUGCCACUUGAAAGCAUUCUCUACAAUAAAUACACUGUUGAGUCCGAUGUGUGGGCGUUUGGGGUUUGUCUAUGGGAAAUAUUUUCGUUCGCUCUUCAACCAUACUACGGUAUGACUCAUGAAGAAGUUGUCAAGUACAUCAAGGAGGGAAAUGUUUUACAUUGUCCUGAAAACACAAGUAAACCCAUUUACGAGUUGAUGAAACUAUGUUGGAACCGUAAACCGGCAGCUAGGCCAAGCUUCCGCACCCUUUACCAGGCAAUCGAGACCGUCAAGGCUGAUUUUGAAAGGGAACAUUCUAUUAAGACUACUCAUCUCCCACCUAGGGUGCAUCUCUGAAUCAAAAAAGGAGCCCAACACUAACUAGGAUCUCUUAAUAAAUUAUGAAUUAGGUUUAAGAGCACAAUACUUGACAGGUAGGCCAACUUUGUUGAUUUUGAAGUCUCUCCCUGCCAUGAUAUUUUCAACUUGGAGAAGGGCCCAAACAUCCGGCAUUUUAUUGAUGUGAAUAACGAAAUAUAGUCUUUUGUUGUUGAAAUCUCUUAAUUAUUGAGCAUUAUUUCACCAAACAAUAGACUUUAGACUUGGACUUUUUCAAGUUUUUAUAAUUCUCAACAUGAGCACUAUCACCACAAGAAAGAUUUCAUAGGAAAUAAUACUUUGUAACAAUUCAAAAUAUACUUACCUCUCAUAUGAACCGGGAAUUAUUUUACAAAUUUCUUAAUAAGCAAACCACUUGAGACAGUUUAUUAUUAACAUGUUUUUGAUACAACACUCUCCUGACUAUUUACUAUCAAAAACAACACUCAAGAACUACUGGCAUUUCUUUCAAACUAAAUCUACUCUGUUGAUCUUUUCGUCAUUGAGUAAACAACCAUUUGAAACUAGAUUAAAUAUCCAAGUUGUCAUGAUUAUCAAGUUGUUGGAAUUGUUGAGAUUGUACUUACUAAAUAAGUUGUUUUAGAUCCAUUCUUUUGGAUUAAAUCUUCUUAGUCAUUCUUUAGUCAAUUGAUUUAGUUUUCAUUAUUAAGCUUAAGUCUUUGGUUAAGAGGUUUAAUAUAUUCUUGAAAAAUAUUACUUCCUUCUCAUCUGCUUUCUUCCUAUUCUCCCAAAGCUUUGCUUAGUACAUUCGUUUUUGAGCACCAGAAUCUUUUUGCCCUUACUCUCCACACUUUCAAGUGAAGUGUGAUAUCUUCAUGAAAAUGUUAAUAUAUAUAUAAAUGGUCGAGUACUCACAAAAUAUCCCUGCAUUAUUAUCCUGCAAUUGAUCUUUUUUGUUUCUCCUACAUAAGUGCAUUAAUUUUUCUGAUCUCUUAUGAGAAUUUGUAAAACAAUAAAUCCAGUAUCUUGGAUUUCUCAGAAUGCUUAAAAGAGCUAAUUGGAGAACACUCCAUGCUGUAUUGAUACAGUACUAAAGACUUCGAAGUAUCUCGUUACGAAUAAUGAACAAUUGCUAGCAAUACUAUAAUCUUACUUCUUAUUAUACAAUAAUUUCAUAUACACGAUAUUACUGCUGAUUGUAAAGCUGCUUACAGACUUACGCUCUACUCCCCAAACGAACGUUACGCGAGCAGUUCGCAAGAUGAUCGCAGUUUGCGCAAGAAAAGAACGCGAACAGAGUGCGAGCUUGACAAGUUUGUAGGACGAAUAGCUGUGCAUGCGCGGUUAACGUUUACUUUGGAUCAGUUACGAUCUCUGUUUUAAAAUAUAAAAUUAUAAAAAAUAUUAAUAAAUUAGUUAUCAAAAUAUAUAUAUAUAUAGAAAUCAAAACAUUUUCAAUAAUACCAGCAUAUUGUCAUUUAAAAGCAAAAAGCCAAACUCCCAACUCCAAACUCCUUUUACCUUUUGACAAAACAUUUCAUUAUAAGACAUAGACAUAAUUAUAAUAAACUUAAUAUUCAUUAUUGAUUGAUCAAUUAUUUAAUUAAUGUUCAUUAUUUUAUGUAAUUAAUAGAAUGAACAUAAGGUUUUUAUUAGGCUACCCAUCAAUCCUGAUCAGAAUAUUUUAUUUCGUUUUGUCGCCUGAUCAGCUGGAUUGAACGUUUCACAUUAUUUGUGAGGUUAGUUUAUUGUUGUAGCGUAUUGAAGUCGACAGUAUACAAGCGCUCGAACAUGUUGCGAACCUCUCGCGUAACGUCUUGUGUAACAUUCAUGAUCGGAGCGUUUUCGUGGCGCGUAUAUCUAUACGCAUCAUAGUAAUUGGUUUUUGGGAUGAUAUUUGAAAUAAUGCUUAUAAAUUACGCAAAUGUUUCCAUCUCAUGAUUACUACAUUCUUCAAGCCAGGUUCAGAGAGUAUCAGUAUCAUUGUAUCAAGAAGUCACAUUGUAUCAUUGAAAACCUGCAAGCUUCCUAAAACCUAUUCUAGGCAGCCAGCGAUAAAUAAUUAGAAUGAAAUUGAGUAAUAUUCAAUCAAAUAAGUUAUAUUUCUUGUCUAAUAUAGUUCAUCAUUACAGAAAAAAUUCAACAUUAUACUGUCAAUUUUGACUCUUAACAAGUAAUAGUGUACUCUUUGUCUUCAUCAUACCUGUAAUAUAAACUUACAUUUUAAACGUGAUACCAAAUUUAGAUUAUUUAUUGUACCUGAUGUAUUACUUGUUCAGUUAUUAGACAAUAUGCUUAUUAUAAGAUGAAACUGUUGUUGGACACAUCUUAUCUGAUAAGUAUUUUUGCACACAAUAACAUUUGAAGUUUUAAAAUGUCUCUUGUAAAUUUUGUUGUUUAGGUAGCACUAUAUGUAGUCAUAAAUAUUAUUUGACUUACAUUGCAACCUUCCACUAUAUUAUGCUUCCCAUUGAAUGAAUCAACCUACAAGUGUCAAGGCUUGACCAUCGGUUUACUGGGGAAGACAUUCCAGUGAUAGGAGACUCUUCUACUUCUGUUCUUAUUAUAACAACUUAUCAUAGAAGACUAUAUUUAAAUCGUAUUAUUUUGUAUCCGAUGAUAGAGCUUAAUUAUUAAGGAUGGCUGAUAAUUUAACAGGCUAAAAAAUUGUUAAAUUAUAUAUCGCAAACGAGUAAAAUACUAUUCAUAAUUUGGAUAAAGAUUACAUUUUCUUCAUGUCACGAACCAUGUUUGUAGAUGUUCUGGCAAAAAAUUGUCGUCUCAACUUUUGUAAAUACAAGAACUGACUAGAUAACGUAUAACUGAAUAAUCAUUGAAGUGGAAUUACCUGAAAAGAUGCCAUAAAUAUAUUUUUCUAUGGUAUAUCUUCUUUGUACAAUGAUAAUUAUAUUUUUGAUCCUUGAAAGUGAUCAGUAGUUUAUAACUCACUUCAAAAUUGUUCGGAAUAUGUAUUGUAUUAUAAAACAUAGUUUCUAGUCAUUUUCUCCAAGCUGAGAUCGAAUUUCUGUUUUACUGUAGCUAGCUUUUUGUAUUGUGUGUGUAUAUAUAAUAAUAAUAAACUGUCAAUUCAUUCUUUUGGAAUGAUUCCUACCUUUCAAACAUUGUAAUAAAUCUGUAAGAAGAUAAA